GUCUGCGAACUCUAAUUCCGGAAGUGGUGUGUGUUGGAGUUUGUUUUAGGUUAAGAAAUUGUGGAUUUUGUUCAUCGGAUUUUGUGCAUAUUUUACUCAAAAUGGGGAAACGACAGCACCAAAAAGAUAAGAUGUACAUCACUUGUGCAGAGUACACACAUUUUUAUGGAGGCAAGAAGGCAGAAAUCCCUCAGGCCAAUUUCAGGCGCUUGCCCUUUGACCAUUGCAGUUUGUCUCUUCAGCCAUUUGAGUAUCCAAUGUGCACCGAAGAAGGCGUGGUGUUCGAUCUCAUGAGUAUAGUUCCCUGGAUUAAGAAGUUCGGGACGAACCCUAUCUCCGGAGAGAAACUCGAAGCCAAGUCUCUCAUCAAGCUUAAUUUCUCCAAGAACAACGACGGGAAGUACCACUGCCCUGUUCUGUAUACAGUCUUCACCAACAACUCGCACAUCGUAGCCAACAAAGUGACCGGCAACGUCUUUUCGUACGAGGCUGUAGAGCAGCUCAACAUCAAGACAAAGAGUUACAAAGACCUGCUGACCGAUGAGCCGUUUACUCGCCAGGAUAUCAUCACGUUGCAGGAUCCGACCAAUUUGGAUAAAUUCAACGUGUCAGAUUUUUUCCAUGUGAAAAACAACUUGAAAGUUUUGGAUCCUGACGAGGAGAAAGCAAAACUGGACCCGGCGUAUCACCUGAAAAGCACAAACCUGGAGACGCGCGAGACCCUGGCCGAGCUCUAUAAGGAGUACAAAGGUGAUGAGCUGCUGGCUUCUACCAUGAAGGAGCCCGAGGCUAAGAAAACCGACAAAUUCAAUGCGGCUCAUUACUCGACAGGCCGAGUGUCUGCCUCCUUUACCUCCACUGCUAUGACUCCAGCCACCACACAUGAAGCAGACGCUAUCACGGACGACGCAGUGCGCUACCAGUACGUGAAGAAGAAAGGCUACGUUCGCAUCCACACUAACAAAGGAGACCUGAACCUGGAGCUACACUGUGAUAAGGUUCCCAAAGCUGGUGAGAACUUUAUAAAGCUGUGUAAGAAAGGCUACUACGAUGGGACCAUCUUUCACCGCUCCAUUAGAAACUUCAUGAUUCAAGGUGGAGAUCCGACAGGCUUGGGAACAGGCGGCGAGUCGUACUGGGGCAAGCCAUUUAAGGACGAGUUCAAGCCCAAUCUCUCUCACACCGGCCGUGGCGUCCUGAGCAUGGCCAACUCCGGGCCCAACACUAACAAAUCUCAGUUCUUUAUAACUUUCCGCUCGUGCACAUACCUGGACCGAAAACACACCGUAUUUGGCAGGGUGGUGGGUGGAUUCGAGACCCUCACAGCCAUGGAGAACGUAGAGAGCGAUCCUAAAACGGAUAAACCCAAGACUGAGAUUAAGCUGAUAAGCACUUCGGUGUUUGUGGAUCCUUAUGAGGAAGCAGAUGCACAGAUUGCAGCUGAGCGGGAAAAGGAGGCUCAGAAGCAGGAUGAAGAACGAGCCCAAACCUCAGCUUCGCUUAGCAAAGCUAAAACUGAACAAGAACCCAAAACGUACCGAGCCGGAGUGGGCAAAUAUAUCAAUAUGGCUGCCAGUAAGCGCUCAGCGGCCGAUGAGGACAGCAAACCAUCCAGCAGCGAGACAGCAGCUAAGAAGCCUAAAGGCAGGACAGGAUUUGGAGACUUCAGCUCCUGGUAAAGCCGCUUCUCUCAUGAGGAAACAUCACUGUGCCCUGUUCUGAACAAAAUGCAUUUUAACAUCAUAACAAUGCUAUGGACUGCUUGAGCUAAAUCUGCGAUCUCUUAAAGAAAGUGAUUUAUGACUGUUUUGAUAUAUUAUCUGGUCUGAUGUACAAUUCAGUUCUCAUGUUUUUCUUUCUAGUUUGUAAAAUACUUUCUAUAAUGACCUUUGUUCUCUGUUUCAGCAACAUAUUUCACAAUGUCUACUGGUAUACUGUAUUUUAUGUAACAAUAAAUCAGCUUUUCCAAA